AAAUGGAAGAUAAGGAUGAUGAAGAAAGUUCAAGUGUUCGAGAAGAAAGUACAAGUAUUCAGGAAGCAAGUACAAGUGGGGUUGAAGAAAGAACAAUAGUUGACGAACGUGAAACAGUUAUAAGCAAUCAAACUAGUAGUGUUACAGUUGAAAGUUUAUGUGAAGUCUGCGAGGAAAAAGUUCCUAAAGCAAGAGUUCACUAUGGAGGUGUUUGCUGCUACAGUUGCAGAGCAUUCUUCAGACGAGCAACACAGCGAGGGAUAGAUACUACAUGUAAUGUUGGAGGCGGGUGUAAAGUAACUCAUAGUGAGAGAAAGCAGUGUACUGCAUGCAGAUAUGCCAAGUGCCAGAGUGUGGGUAUGAAGACGAGUCUGAUUUUGAAUGAAAAUGAGAAAAAGGCCAGGUUCAGGAAUAUAUUAAAGAGGAAAGCUUCUCUUCAAGCCAGCACCACACAAGUUUCAAAUUCUACAAACGAGAGACAUCCUGAAACUUUGUAUCAAAUCGGAUCUUCUAUGUCAUCAAGUAAUCGACCUUCAAUCCCGUUUUUGGAUGCUCGUGGCAUGUUGCAGUUUCAGAGCAUCAGAGUUGAGCACUCUAGCGCUCUCACUUCAUCUCAAACCUCAAUUAUAACUUCAGCAGUGCAGAAGUCAAUUCCUACACCUGUUAUUUCAGUUAGACCAUCCCUGCCGGCAAAGUCAUCCUACCAGCCCAGUUUAAGAAGAUUGGACGGAAAUGCUCCUCUGGCGAAUGCUUAUCAAUAUUUUCGAGACCCUGGCCAGACAGCCUUUGAUCCUUACAAGUCUGCUUCACUCCAGAGAGAAACAAUUAUCCAGGGAAAUGAGAGCUGGUCACGUGGCAACAGAAUACCCAUCAAACCUAAAUCCUCUUCAGUCGUUGGCCCAGAAGAAGAUCCUAACCUUUCUUCGAACAACAAUCUGGUCCAUAAGUUACUGUCCUCGAGUAGCCUGCUUAGCAACAACCAAUUCCAUCAGGGUUCAACAAUUCGACAAUACAGGCCUUCUCUUCAUUGUUCAGGAGCACAAAGAAACGACUUUCUCCCUAGUAAACCUGUCCUUAACUCGCCUUUUAAGUUCCACCAACCGACCAUUGCAUUUAGACCUAAAACUUACGCAUAUGGCUACGGAUCCCCAGAGGCUUGUAGAGAUGCCCAAUCCUCAAAAAUUCUUUGUUUGGAAUCAGAAAGUUGUUUGUCAAAGAAACCAGUGGUUUCAAAAUAUCAAACAUCCAACAAAUUACAGAGCACUAGAGCUAGAUAUGAAUUUACUCCUCUAUAUUCGACAGUGCAGGAGAGAACCAUGAUACCCCAAGGUUGCAGUGAACAAGGGCCAGUACUUAGAUUUCCCAGAGGUUUUAUUCAAGAUCCAAGUUCCCAUACUAUGCUUAAGAGAUGUCCUCAUCCAAGAGCAGACUGGCAUUUGAAAACCGACUCUGAUCUUAAUCGGCACCCAAAAGCAGAAACAAAUCUGAGGAAUCACUCUGUCAUUGCUGAUCCUAGGCGAAACCAUAUGGUUCCUCGGCCCCAUGACGCCUUCAGCACCCAUUCGACCUUUGAUAUCUAUAGUGUUUCCAACCCAUUGGCUUAUAACAGUAACCUUGAAACAGAAACUACAAGACGUCAAAUAAAAAAUGUUCAUAUUUCACGUGAUCCGUUCAGUAUGGGUAAUCUUUCUAGCCAACUGGUCCACCAGUCUUCAGGUAGCAGUCCUCACCUCCUGUUAGAUACCGCAGCAAGUACUCAGUAUCUAAAAGCUGCUUCUUCUGCGGGUAGUUCUCAAUAUCUGGAAGCUGCUUGUUCUGGAGCUAACUCUCAGUAUCUGGAAGAUGCUUCUUCUGCGGUUAGUCCUCAACAUGUGGAAGCUGCUUGUUCUGGAGCAAACUCUCAGUAUCUAAAAACUGCUUGUUCUGCAGCUACCUCUCAGUUUCUGGAAGCUGCUUCUUUUGCAGCUAACUCACAGUAUCUGGAAGCUAUUCCUUUUUCUAAAUUCAAGAUGGAAGCUUCUAGAACUCAACUGCAAGAGGAAGGUUCUUCUUGUUCACGAUAUAAGCAGGAAGCUAUGACAAUAAAAGCUUCCUCGGCUAGACCUCGAUUCCUCCUGAAAACGAACACUAAGUCCAAAUUGCCGUUUGGAGUUAAAAAUUCUUCUGAAUUCCUUUUGGAAGCCAAAAACAUUCCUGAAUUCCCGCUUGGAGCUGACAAUAGUCCAGAAUUCCCGCUGAAAGCUGACGACGAUCAUGAAUUCCCACGUAAAGCUGACAACCGUCCUAAUUUUCCACUUGAAACUGACAAUAAUCCAAAAUUUAUUCUUGAACCAGACAUUUGCUCCGAUUUUAUUCUUGGAGUUGACAACAGUCCAGCAAUCCAUCAUAGAGCUGAAACCAGUGCACAUAUCAAGGGAAUACAGGUGUCCACUGAUGGCAGUCCUAUCUUGUUAAAUAGUUCAAAAAGUCCACUCCCACAUGUUGUUGAGACCAGAACUAACAAGAUGAAUCUAACCCCGACCUCGGACAUUGACCAGCUAGAAUAUAUAGAAGAGAAUACAGCUGCCAGGGAUUCACAGCUUUUGGAGACCCAACAACUGGACUGCAAAGAAAAAAAAUUUAAGAUUUGUCUUCCUGAUGUGACUGUAAAUAAACGGGACGAAGACGACAUUUAUAUGAUGGAAGUGAUUCAAAAACAUCUGUUGUACUAUCACAAGAAGUUUAGGAGUACACAAUAUACAGGGAGCUUUGGAAAUUCAGAUAUGUGUGGAACUCCUGAAGUUGGACAUCAGGGACAAACUCAUCUUAAUCUUCGGCUUCAAGAGCCUGGUACUUCAAGGCGUAGUGUGUUAAUGAUGAGCAGAGAUCAAGAGUUUAAUCCUGAUAAUCCUGCCGUGUUCCAGCACAGCUCGAGCUUAGAGAGCAUUGAUUCACAAGAACUUAAUUUAGAGGAUUCUGAAAUAUUGGAUUUUGUUCUAAGUCUAGAAAUCUCAAAUGUUCUAGAACUCUAUACUGUGGAGGAGAUCAAAUAUCUAGAAUCCCGAGCUAAAUGUUUCUGGACCCGAUGGUCCGGGUAUAAUCUUGGUUCUGAGGUACUGGGAGCAUAUGCUAACUGGUGUAGGGCAGGGGGAGAUAUAUCUCCUCAAUUCUUCAUUCAAGGAAACAAACAGUUGGUAGAACGGUUAGUAGCCUUUAUGUUUGAAUUUGAUGAUGUGACUCGUUUGGCAGAAUCUGACUAUAUAACCUUACUCAGGAGGAAUGUCCGUGCUGCUGGAUACCUGUUUACUGUUUGGAAUUAUUUACAAGCUACAGAUGAUCAACAGUUCUACGCUUUGGGAAGUGCUGAUUACUCCAUCUGGACGAGGGAGAGUGUUCCACUUACCUCAUUAAAGAAUAUCUUCCAAGGUUCACCUCUAGCUCCAACCAUGAAAACUCUUCUUCUCCAGGUUCUAGAAGAAAAUACAGACAAACCGUUUCUGAAAGACAACAAGAUUUACUUCUUGAUGGUGGCCAUUGUUUUAUAUAAUCCUGAUACUCCUGGUUUACAGGAUAGAGACAAGGUGGAAAACAUUAGAGCAGAGUUCUUUACAAUUCUCAGGCGUCAUCUAGGCCGGUUCUCUGGUCGAACUGUUGAAGAGGCAAUGCAGGACGUACACAGAUGUAUUCGUGGUCUUCCCACUAUUCAACUCUGUUUAGAGUCCUUACAGUAAUAAGUCUGAACUCAGUAAAAGUACUUAGACUAUAACUGUGCCAGUAAUAAGUCUUUAUCUCGAUAAGUCUCUCAGUUAUAAGUCUGUACUCUGUAUCAGAAAUAAGUCUUGAUCUCUAUAGACUAUACAGUAAUAAGUCUAUAUCUAUAUAAGUCUAUAAUUGUAUCAGUAAUAAGUCUGGAUCUGUAUUAGUAAUAAGUCUGGAUCUGUAUCAGUAAUAAGUCCAUAUCUGUAGCAGUAAUAAGUCUAUAUCUGUAUCAGUAAUAAGUCUAUAUCUGUAUCAGUAAUAAAUCUAUAUCUGUAAAGUCUAUGUCUUUACCAGUAAUAAGUCUAUAUCUGUAGCAGUAAUAAGUCUAUAUCUGUAUCAGUAAUAAGUCUAUAUCUGUAUCAGUAAUAAGUCUAUAUCUGUAUCCGUAAUAAGUAUAAAUCUGUAUCAGUAAUAAGUCGAUAUCUGUAUCAGUAAUACGUAUAUAUCUGUAGCAGUAAUAAUUCUAUAUCUGUAUCAGUAAUAAGUCUAUAUCUGUAUCAAUAAUAAGUCUAUAUCUGUAUCAGUAAUAAGUCCAUAUCUGUAUCAGUAAUACGUCUAUAUCUGUAUCAGUAAUAAGUCUAUAUCUGUAUCAGUAAUAAGUCUAUAUCUGUAUCAGUAAUAAGUAGUCUAUGUUUUUAUCAGUAAUAAGUCUAUAUCUGUAUCAGUAAUAAGUCUAUGUCUUUAUCAGUAAUAAGUCUAUAUCUGUAUAAGUAUUAAGUCUAUAUCUGUAUCUGUAAUAAGUCUAUAUCUGUAUCAGUAAUAAGUCUAUAUAUGUAUCAGUAAUAAGUCUAUAUCUGUAUCAGUAAUAAGUAUAUAUCUAUAUCAAAUCUGUCAGUAAUACAUGACACGACAGCAUUCACAUUUUUUUUAAAUAGGUAUUUGGGAAGUUUCCCAAAACCCUAGGCAUUUGGGAAAUUUCUCAAAUGACUGGAUAUUUGGGAAAUUUCCAAAAUCUUAAAAAUAUACAACCCUCAA